CUGAGGGCUGCUGGACCGCGCGCAUGAGGUGUCAGUUCUGCGCGCGACCUCUUCCUCUGAAGGUGUCAACCGAUUUCGCGAAAGAAAUUAGGUUUUCCGAUCGUCUAAAAGAAAAACUAUCGGUGGAAGAUUUAUUAACGAGACACAACGUGAAUCAUAAUUCGCGCGUGUUAAUUAAUCUCUCAUCGUCGAUUGAUUUCUGAAUCGUCGCAUCGAUUGAAAAGAAAAAAAAGAAAAAAAAAAUAGGAGCAACGUCAAACUGGAUGAAGGACUGACUGGCCACGUGACCACGUUCAGCCGGACGAUUAUCAUGAUUCUCGGAAUGUCCAGUGGCAAGAAUGAGGAAGCUGAAUCGACGUAACGGUCCAAGCCAGGAUGGCCAGUUGGCCGUUGAAAACCGUUCUCCUGUUCAGCGCCCUCAUCCUUGUUCGUGGACGAGGAGUGGUGCUGGACAGUCAGGGACCAGUUUUGGUUUCGGAACCACGUUCAUCGGUUGAAUUUUCAAACGACACCGGUGCGAUGAUCCAUUGUUCAGCACACGGCAGUCCAUCGCCUAGGAUCGAUUGGUUGAUGGGCGAUGGCUCACCCGUUUUACCUGUACCACACAUCCGUGAGAUGCUGGUCAAUGGUUCAAUGUAUUUCCUACCGUUUGGUGCAGAGAGUUACAGACACGACGUACACUCAGCAAUUUACAGAUGUCAAGCCUCCAACAGCGUCGGCAGAGUACUCGGCCGUGAAAUUACGGUAAAGGCCGUGGUCCGGCAAAAGUACGAAGUUCAAGUACGGGACACCUUUGUCUUGCCCGGUAACACGGGUGUCCUUAGGUGUGAAAUACCAUCCUUUGCGAAGGAUUACGUGCAAGUCACUUCGUGGGUCCAGGAUUCGGCUUUCAACAUCUACCCAACUCACGAAAGCGGUGGCAAAUACCAUAUGUUACCAACCGGUGAACUUCUGGUUUUCUCAGUGACUUCCGCCGAUGCUCAUCUGAGUUACCGAUGUCGUACCGUGCAUCACGUGACCGGUGACACCGUAGAAAGUUCGUCUUAUGCGCGACUGGUGGUUACCGAACAUAGAAAUCCAGUACCACCGAGAUUCAACGAACGUGUCAGUCCAGCACCAAUUAGAACGGGUGAAACGAUCGUUCUGUCCUGUAUAUCCCAAGGGAUACCACCACCAACGUAUCUUUGGUUUCGCGAGUCCGUCUCUGGCACGGCAAUGAUCUUCAACUCUGAGAGAAUUCAUGCUAGAGCCGGGGUUUUGAUACUUCAAGCUGCUAGACCAGAGGAUGCUGGACGAUAUGUCUGUCAUGCAAACAAUACCGCUGGUUCGGAGAGAGUCGAGCUUGAGGUUUCAAUCAUCAGCAGUAUUUCAAUUCAUCUGACUCCUCAACAGGUCACCGUUGAUCUCGGAAAGGAUGCGGAAUUUCAGUGUUCCGUAACCGGUAGACCAGUUCCGGUAAUUUCUUGGGCAAAGGACGGACUUCCUGUGAGGGAAGGUUCAUCCGGUAGAACGAAAAUCACCGAAAAUGGUGGCUCGAUCUUGCACAUAUCCGCGAUCGUUAGGGACGACAAAGGAAUGUAUCAAUGCUUCGCUAAAAAUGAUUAUGAAAUGGUACAGGCCACUGCCGAAUUACGUUUAGGCGACGCGGCCCCGCAGCUUCUCUACAAAUUUAUCGAGCAGACCAUUCAACCGGGUCCCUCUGUCUCCUUGAAAUGCAUCGCCACGGGAAAUCCGACGCCGCAUUUUUCCUGGACUUUGGAUGGCUUUCCUUUACCACAAAACGACAGGUUCAUGAUAGGACAAUACGUGACAGUACACGGAGACGUGAUAUCGCACGUUAACAUAAGCGCGGUACACGUUGAAGAUGGCGGACAAUAUAGGUGUUCCGCUGUAAAUCGAGUGGCCAAGGCUCAUCAUUCUGCUCGUCUCAACAUUUAUGGUUUGCCGCACGUACGUCCUAUGGGAAACUACGCAGCCGUAGCUGGUGAGACCACGAUCAUCAAAUGUCCAGUUGCUGGUUUCCCGAUUGCCAGUAUUACGUGGGAAAAGGAUGGACAAAUUUUACCGACGAGUCGGAGACAAGAAGUAUCACCGAAUGGGACAUUGGUUCUUCAUCACGUCGACAGUGCAACAGAUCGAGGUGCAUACACCUGCACGGCUAAGAACAAACAAGGUCGAUCUGAUUCGCAAACAGUUCACAUCGAAGUUAAAGUUCCACCCACGAUAGCCCCAUUUAGCUUUAACAAGGAUCUCUCGGAGGGUGUUCGAGCACAGGUGACCUGCAUGAUCGAGAAAGGCGAUCCGCCGUUCACGAUCAUCUGGUCGAAGGACGGCGAACCGAUUGGCAGUUCAGGUACAGCUGCUUUCGGGAAUACCGGGAUAACGGCUAGCAGACACUCACAGAUACCCGCGGGGCUGCGUGUAACCAGCAUUGACGUCCAUUCCAGUUCCAUAGUUAUCGACCGCGUCACCGCAGAACACACGGGGAACUAUACUUGCCUGGCACGAAAUUCGGUCGCCGAGGUCGUCUGGACGGCCGAAUUGGUCGUUCGUGUACCACCACGUUGGGUAAUGGAACCUCAAGAUGUUCGUGCAUCGGAAGGAAUGUCAAGAGUUGUAUUGCAUUGUCACGCCGAAGGAUUUCCACCACCUGCUAUUACCUGGCGUAGGGCAACUGGAAAAAAACCUGGCAAUUAUUAUGACAUAGCAAGUCACGAACACACGCAAGAUCUUCGAAUACAUUCGAACGGUUCACUCGUCUUUGGCAGAGUACAAGAGGAUCACGAAGGAUUUUAUUUAUGCGAAGCUCUCAAUGGUAUUGGUGCUGGUUUGAGCAAGGUUGUCUACUUAACUGUCAAUGUUCCUGCACACUUUGUGGAAAAACAUCGUAAUCAAACAGCAAGACUGGGCUCGAAUGCAUCUCUCCGUUGCGAGGCCAAGGGCGAUCAUCCCUUAAAGAUAAUCUGGCGAAAGGGUGGUCUACAAAUAGAGCCAGCACUUUCCGACUAUCGUUACACCCUCAAGGAAGAGAACAUCACCGAUGGUCUUAUCAGUAUCCUUGGUUUUGCGAGUACCAGCAGAGAGGACAGUGGCAAAUAUCUUUGCAUUGCUACCAACGCUUAUGGUCGUGAUCAAAGUACCAUUCAUCUUUAUAUACAGGAACCACCGGAUUUCCCGCGUAACCUUCACGUAAUGGAGAAAGGAAGUCGUUAUAUCAAAAUUGGAUGGACGACUAGUCAAGAUGGGAACAGCCCGAUUACUCAAUAUAUUAUCGAGUACAAGACGGACUCCGAAGUCUGGCACGAUCACACCUUUCAUACAACGGUACCAGGAGCCAGAGCUUCUGGACACGUGAGCGGUCUUAGACCAGCAGUCACCUAUCAAUUUCGGGUUUAUGCCGAAAAUGAACUCGGCAGGAGUCAAGCCAGUGACAUUUUAGACGCGACGACAGAUGGGGAAAAGCCGGGAGGUCCUCCGAGAAACCUCAAAGUGGAACCCGUCAGCUCGACCGAGUUUAACGUCACCUGGGAUCCACCUGAACAUGAUUUAUGGAAUGGAGAAAUUCUCGGUUAUCAUGUUGGAUACAAGGAACACCGGUUUCUUCUUCAAUUUAGUUUGGCAGCUGAACAGUACACUUACAAAACAGUAGAAAGACGAAUUUCUACGGCAAGCGUUGCGUUAGGUUUGGCAAGGACCUCUCUUCCAGGUCGUCAAUAUCAAUUAACGAAUUUAAAGAAAUUCACGCGAUACAGUGUAGUUGUACAAGCAUACAAUCAUUUAGGACAAGGACCUGUUACAUCGGAAGUCGUAGCUACAACUUUGGAAGACGUACCAAGUAGUCCACCCUCGGACGUAAGAUGUACGGCAUUGUCCUCGCAAUCGUUGCAAGUCUCAUGGGAUCCGCCCCCGGAUUCGAGUUUGAAUGGCAUUCUGAAGGGUUACAAAGUGAUGUGGGAGAACAUGGACAGUAUGACGGAAUCGAGCAAAUCAGAAAUGAAGAUAACAACGGCGUUGACCGUGGUGAUACAUGGAUUGGAAAAAUAUACCAAUUAUUCGAUCCAAGCAUUGACCUUUACCAGAGCCGGAGAUGGGGUUGCCUCGGCACCACUUUACUGUGUCACCGAAGAAGACUUGCCCGAAGUCCCGGCCGGUGUCAAGGCUGUAGCUAGUUCAGCAACAUCUAUCAUCGUCUCUUGGUUACCACCACUAAGGAGCAACGGCAACAUCACUUCCUACAACGUUCAUAUCCGUAGCGUUGGGAGUGACAGCAAGUGGUUUAAACGAGCUAUUUCACCUCAUCAAACUAGUUUCCAAGCUGAAAAUUUGCAUAAAAGGAAUCAAUAUGAGUUCAGUAUAGCUGCAAUCACGUCGGUUGGUGAGGGACCAAAGACUCCGCUUAUUACCGUUUCCCCAUCUAUCGAAGUCCGAGCUGCAAUUUACGCUUUCGGUAUGGCUUUCGUAAUACCUUGGAAACGAGACGUCACGUUGCCUUGUCAAAGUGUUGGCAAACCGGAACCUUCGGUGACCUGGAAACAAUGGGGUCAAAUGGUUAAACCAUCAGCGAGAAUAUCCAUGCUACAAGAUGGUUCCUUACAGAUAACGGAGUUGCAUAGAGAGGACAGCGGGAAUUACACUUGUUUCGUCGAAAAUCGUCAUGGUUCUGAUCAAAUAACCCAUCGUUUAAUUGUACAAGUUCCACCGGCAGCACCACUUUUACACGCCAUCAGCGCGACAAGUAAUUCGAUAAACGUUCAGUGGAAAAACGGCGACGAUGGGGGUUCUAUGAUAAGGGGCUACAUCCUCCAUUAUAAACGUGAAUCCGGCGAAUGGGAAGAGGUCAAAGUGUCCCACAAGAUGAGCAGCUUCGUACUGUCUCGUCUUUGGUGCGGCAAUGAUUACCAGAUGUAUUUGACGGCUUACAAUCUAAUUGGCAUGGGUUCGCCCAGCGAGAUUGUUAAAGCCAGAACUGAAGGUUCCAAGCCGGAAGAUUCGCCUGGUAGUGCCGACAAGUUUAUAACCGUCAACGUAUCCUGGAUCACGCUGCAUCUAAACUCCUGGAACGACGGUGGCUGUCCAAUAACUUAUUUCGAGUUAGAGUUUCGAAAAAACGGAGAGGAUACUUGGACAUUGGUUUCCAGCAACAUCGAGGUACAAAAAACUUAUACUCUGAGCGAAUUACUACCCGGUACGAGCUACGACAUUCGUAUACGUGCACACAACAAUGCUGGUUCCUCCGUCGUCGAAUACAAAGUGACGACCCUACAACUACACGUUAGUUCGACCAUAGCAACUAUCGAAAUCGAUCAUUUUAUACCACAACAUACGCCGGUAUACUCGGACCUAAAAUUGAUCGUUCCUUUGGUACUGAGCUCUUUGGCUGUUAUCGCUGCGGCUGGUGCUGUAUUUUACUGUUUUCGCAAACUAUCUAUCGUAGGUUCUUUCAUGGGUGACAUGGGUAGCUUACACGAUGCUCAAACUGCUGCGGCAUUAGACAAUAAACAAAAUAUGGAACAACGUGAACAAUAUUAUGCUACCGUAAGAAAACCUUUGCGUUCUCCGAUACGCGAGAUGGCUACGUUAGAAAAAAUUCCAGAAUAUUCGGAGGACAUCUAUCCGUAUGCAACAUUUCAAUUGGAAGAAAGUGUUCCCGCAGGAGGUGACAGUCGUUGCAACUCAGCAGCACCACUUCAAACCUUCGUUUAUCACGAUCCUCGGCUGUCAACCGCUGAUACGCUACAAUUAAGAGAGUCGGAUUGCAACCGGUACACUAAGGUACGCGGAGGCCGUUCGUCCUCUGCACCCUUGCACAAAACGCACAAGGUCAGUCAGGGCAAGUCCGAGUCGGAGGAAUACGACACCCUGGGCUCGGACAGCGACACGGAAGUCGGGACCAGCAGCCGAACCGAGUCUUCCAAUCAUCUCGUCGAUUCGCACCAUUCGGCGUCUGCCGCCGAUUCGCGUGUCCACAACUUCUUGUACCAUGGACCAGAAUCUAGCACGUCUACAGAACCCUCACCGAUUCUUGAGAGAAAAUCGUUUCCUGGAAGGGGAAGACCCAAGAUGUUACGGUUGGCGCGUCAUCCCAGCGAGGAGACCCGUACCAACUUCGGGCCAAUCACCGGGAUUGGCAAUUCCAAGCACCAGUCGAGCAAUUCCUGUACCAAUCGGGACCAGGAACGUGACGGAUCAGGAAACCUGUUCGUCCCCAAGUUGGACCCACCCUCGGGCUUCUCCGACGCGUUUGAGUUAAGCGAAGCGGAGUGCGACCUGGACCGUGGUGGUCACUGCAGCCAACGAAAUGUCCGUGACUUCGUAAUCGCGGUGUAAAUAAUAAAUGAAAAAAAACCUUACGUAAAUCCAUACGUACGAGAAUAUGAAUAAUACUUAAACGAAGAAGAGAACAACCUAAAAACUUAAGCUACGCUAAUUCAAUCCCAACGAUACGAACAGGAAGAACAAACAGAACCGAAUAGUAUCACCAUAACUCUGAUCGUCGCACCUUCAAAUUAAUUAUAUCGAUGUGAGCUAGGGUCCGUCUGUUGUUAAUUAAUCAGGACACUCGUUAAUUAAUUAUCUCUGCCUUGUCCCUACGCACCUUGUUCCCGGCCCCUCCUCCUUUGAUGAUCUUUGACGAAUCUUACCAGGCGUUCCUCAAACAACUUGCCCAAGGAACGCGCGCCGACUGUAUUUAUUAUUAUCAACAAAACGAGCUCGUCUUAAACUUCAACAACCAUGUGUGCUCUAAACUGCCAUUUUUUCAUUUUAACGCGUCUCCGUCUUAUAAAGAUGAUAAGUAAUUAUAUAACCAUCAUCACUAUCGAGAAAGGAUAAUUUUAAAAGAUAACAAAUAAAAAGACAAAUUUUUAAAAACAAAUAAACAACACAAAUGAGCGAAUAACCCGUGCCAAAAAAUAAAAAAAAAGAAAA